AUGGCUCAGAACUCAGGAUUCCGAGGUUUUCUAACUGAUGGGCUCGAGGCAUUGAAGUUGGUCGCACAACUGUCAUGGCAGCGCAACGUGACUGCCUGGCUCUAUGUCCCUGUUGGAAUUUUGAUAAUGCUUCUUGCGUGCUUUGGUGUAAAUUACUUAAUUGGACUUAGUUCUGUUUCUUUCCCUGCGUCUGUUGCUCUGUUGGUCGUGCUAUUCUUUGGAUUGAUGAUUUGUGACUGGAUAGUUGGAGAUCGCAAGACAAGGGCUCUUGUAAAUGUCAUUGAUGUACCGGCUGGAUGGGCUCUUCGAUGGAUCAGCAUCUUCUUCACUCCAUCUUUCGUUCUCCUCCCCCUGAGUUCCCCGAUAAGUGGUGUCGAGGUGGGAAAGAUUAUAGCAGUCUUCUUGAUUGGGUUCUUCGUCAUGGUAGCAGUAACAGCAUGGCUAGCCAGAGGCUUGCAACUGAUCAUGGGCUCUUCUAAACGCGCAGUUAUAGAACGGGCCGAGGAGAUGGGGAAUGAGUCUGAUGCUAUUCCCUUGGCCAACAUUAGUCGGAGUAGGCAAGACUCUGAAGUAAAUCUUCCGAGUGGGAUGAGUACCCCAGGCCCCGCCACCGGCACUUCUACGCCAGGUCUAGUCGAAGACAUAACCAACGAGUUAACUGCACCUCAAAGAGCACAGGAUCCAACUCGUAUCAGAGGGACCGGAGGCCCGCCAGAGAACGAUACCCCAUCGGAAGCUGCCCGAAACAGCCCACCACCACAGGCACCUCUUCCCCUCACCCGUCCUCAGCGGUGGGCAGCAUUCAUCAACUCGAACCUCGAUAGGAUUACCUACGCUACUAUAUUCCUCUUCAUUGGACUCCCAAUCUACUACACAACCGGCUACGCCAUGCCCGCCCAACUGACAUUCAACGUCCUCGCCUACUUCGCCGCCCUCGCCCUCCCACCCCGCUACCGCCAAUUCCUACACCCCGUGCUAGUCUCCGCCGCCCUCACCAUCCUCGGCAUAUGGAUCCUCGGCUUGAUCCGCGGCUCGCCCCUCUUCGAGACAUUACACACCUACAAAACCGGCACAAACUACCUCGACCUCUGGCACGGCAUUCAUCUCCCUAUCCCGGGCACAGGCGACAUCUUUGGCAGCGUGCUAGACGCAAGUAUUGUCGCACUCGCGCUUCCCAUGUUUUCCUACCGCAAAGAACUAAAGAGGCAUUUCUUCGCAAUCGUCAUCCCAAACAUAACCAUCUCCGUCGGAUCACUGUUCGGGUAUCCAGCACUCUGCUACGCCAUCGGGAUAUCUUCAACACGCAGUCUGGCGUUUGCGAGUAGGAGUUUGACGCUGGCGUUGGCGACGCCUGCGACGGAGAAUCUAAGGGGUGAUGUGAAUACGAAUGCGGCGCUGGCAAUAAUGAGUGGGAUUUUGGGAGUGCUGGUUGGUCAACGGGUUUUAGAAUGGCUGAAGAUUCCGGAAGAUGACUAUGUUACGCGCGGAGUAACCCUUGGGGCGAAUUCUUCUGCCAUUGCAACGGCGCUCUUACUGCAAACUGAUCCCAGAGCUGCUGCUUUGUCGAGUUUGAGUAUGAACUUGUUUGGCAUUAUAACUUUAGCUUUGACAUCAGUGCCGCCAAUCGUGAGGGCAAUCGACUCUUUAGUCGAUUUGUGA